UUGGAGUGUCAUGGUCAAAAAAAUAAUCGAAGUUGAAAGCGAUAGUGAUUCAGCCCCAGAAGAAGUCAAUCUCGGAGAUGCUAACAAGAAUUUUGACUCUCAAAACAAAGCAGUCAAGCAGAAGGCUCAUAAGAAAGAUAAAAACAGGAAUAGAAGAAAGAAUAAGAAUAUUGCCAAAGAAGAGAUUGAUGAAGAAGACAUUGAACUCCUCCUGGCCACCAAGCUUGAUGAUAAAGCAUUCGAAAAGCUACAAAAGAAAUUAGAUAAACAUGAUAAGUCCAAAUCACAAAAAAUUAAGGAAAAAUUAACCGAGAGAAGAGCACAAAUGAAAGAUACUCCUGUUGUGGAACCUCUAAACCCAAGAGAUAACAAAGUUUACAAAGCUAGACUCUUGGAUAAGUCUCAAAGCGAUUCAUUGCAAGGAAUUUCGCAUAAAUCUAAUGAAACCACUAAAAUCAAUGCUUCGUUUGUGAUAGACAAUAAGAAAACUAGGAAAGCAUUACCAAGAGUAAACAAGAAGCUUCUUGAGUUCAAGCAGCGUCACUUUCAUGGAAGCAGGAUCCAAAGAACUGGUCUUAAGCAGCUUCUGAACAAACACUAA